AACUUAUUAAUAUUAAAUUUAAAGAUAGUGAAAAAAAUGCUGAUCCAGUUAAAUUCUUUAUAAUAGUAAAACUUGAAAGAGAAUUAGUUAAUAAAGAAAUGAUACUUCCAGAGGUUGAUCAAUAUGAAGAUACAGAAUUUCAUGAAAUU